AUGUGGAUGCGGGCUCAGAACACUUUCAGAGUAAUCGAUGAUUAUAUAAAUAGCUGUUACAAUAAAAAGAGAAGUAAUACUUCUCUAGAGCAAUUGAUGACUAUAUUAAACAAAACCCGAGCAUCACUUGUCGAUAUACUUCGGAAUCGAAGUAAAAAUUCACUGCAUCGAUCGGUGCUGAACAAGAAUGGUGAAGUAGUGGAAUUAGACAGUGGAGAAGUCGUGAAAAUAGAUGACGGGCUGCGGAACGAAGCACUAAUUAUAUCAGAUUUGUUUAACUGUGAUGAAUUUGAUGCUCUUGAACUAGUAAUAACUGGUGAAGUGCAAACACGGCAUUUUCCAUUCUUAACGAGGGGUCUUUGUGCUGUUAUUUGCUACUAUGAUGCACAUCGUUUUAUCAGUGCGGCUCUGAAAGUUUUAGCAGAAUUCAGGAUUAAUGAAAAAGUGUCGAAACCACGAGAGCUUUUCGAGUAUCUCAAUCAGUUACUUAGUGAUAUUGCAUUUAUUAGACGUCUUAUAGAAGUUUUGCAAACUGUAAAUGUGCAAUCUGAAUUACAAAAUUUGCAUCAUCCACAUGUGAAUGGACUAGGUGGUCCGAAACAUCAGGAAAUUUUGCGGGAAUUAAUUGAAGAGACGUUAGAAAAUUGUGCACAAACACUUCAUCUCAUAUGCUCAUCGUGGCAGUUGGAAUCAGCACCGUCCUUCUUAAAUGAUUUGUUUGGGCCACUGAAAGAACUGCAGCCGAAUACACCUUUCAGAAAUACCCAUUUAUCAUUAUGGACUGCUUCUUUAAUACUGAUAUCUCCACACAAUCUUCAGAAUAUGCGAUGUGCUCGAGAUUUGUUGAUGGGGUUUCACAAGGAAGUGAUUUUGGAGGACUGGCAAGAUUCUUGUCUGCAGGCUUCGUUACAGUUUGCAGUCGUGGUUUCAUACAACUGGCUCAGUGUUCAUCAACUUGUUCAAGAAGUUCUGGGUGGUUUUGCUAUCAAAGAAGAUGAUUUGCUUGAAAAGGCAGUCAAUGGAUUGGCCUUCCAAUUCAUACGGAAAUGUGUUAUUGCGAUGCCAAAAUUUAGAGAAAACUUCAUAGCUUUUGCUACAGUUGAUACAUUGAUCAAGAACUUUAUUGCUCAUCUCAGUAACCAGGUCGUUCUACUGCAACAUUCCGGUGAAAUAGAAUUGCAGUACGUCGAGGAAAUGUUGGAGCGUGGUCAGCUUCACAGGCCUCGGCUUCAUUUUGAAAAUUUUAUUCGUUGUAUUGCUGAUUUAUAUGAUGGUGAUUCCAAAUAUUUGGAACAGUUGUCUGCACAGUUUUGCUCUAGUGAAAGUGAAGAAUUGGUGAAAUUUUUAAGAAAUUGCCGACAACUUAUUUCACCGGUACUACAAGUCGCUUUUCUUGAUAUGCUAAAGAACAUCUGCAAAUGUCGGGAAUCGGCACACUUCAUAUUUGGACUGCUUUCUCCAUGUCAUAUAAAAUUCGCUCAAGGUACACUCUCUUGGGACCAUUUCUGGACAGCAAUGCAUGAUUAUCUUGUACUUUUCGAACGGAAAAAGAGUCAAACGUCGAAUAUAAUGCAUACAGCACCGCCAGGACAGCAUGAUACUUUUCAGCAGAUUCCACAGUCCGAAUUAGCUGGCCUUGUAGCAUGGGUUCAGCUUAUAGAAAUCGUUGCUAAACACGAUCAGACUGCUCGUCGCCAGUUUGCAGAUAACAGUUCAUGGUCAUGCAUAGAAACAGCAAUAAGUUUAGUUACUUCUGCGAUUCCCCUUGUUUUGAAGGGAGCAUUGUUUCGUUUUUUGGCUUCAAUUGCGACGGACGAACAUGGUGCUCUGAAGAUCUGGGCAACAUUGAUAUCCUUCUCUGUUUUAACUAAAACAAGUUCUGGGAAACUUGUUGGUAUACAAGACGAAUUAGAAACAAGGGAAUGUGCUUUCAAAUGCUACGAUUCAUCUAUUGGUUUCUUGCACCUUAUAAAAACUCUGUUUCUGCAUGCAAAAAAUGUCGAUAAAAGGUAUUUAUUGCAAUACCUUCAAUUUAUCGUCAAAUCCAUUAUCUGCCAGUUUGCGGAUCGUUCAUAUGAAAACAUUAUACAGAUGUGGCAUUUAUGUUCUGCAGCAUGUGACGCUCUGUACAAUUUCCUUCAUCGUUAUGCAAUUACAGCGGAAGCAAUUCUGAAUGCGGACCCUCAAAUUGUUGUCCUUACGCAAAUUUUAAACGAUUCUCCUGUAUUCCGAUCGCUGGGUGCAGUAUUAUGUGAUGGAGCGGAACGUCUGCAAGAUUUUUCUCCUCGUUCAACAGAUCGUGAAGCAGCUGUAUUAUCAAUUCUGCGUUUACUUGAUAUCUGUGUUUCAUUACAUGCACCUUUAAUAGAUGCAGUACGUACCACUAAUUCCAGUAUAAUAAUUGCAUCAUUGGAUUCACUUUUCUUAUCAUCCAUAAAAGGUAGUGGAACAACAACAUAUAUUACAGUUAUCGCCUCAUACUUGACACAGUCCGAGCUCAUCCCAAAACACGUAUAUCACGUAGUAUCAAUUCUGCGAGAACUUUGCUGUUGUCAACCUUCCAUGCAAAGUCGUCUUGUACAGACUCUUUCGUCGCUUUCUUUAGAAUUAAUUGAAAGUUUUGCGCGAUUGACUUCUGUGAAAAUGACAGUGAUGGAAGCCUCGGCUCUUGAUUCACCUGUUUACCAUGGAAUUAAUGAAUUAUCGGUGGCAAGAAUACGUGGUGAAACAGCACGUUUAUUCAUUGAAAUGUGUUCAUCGAGUAUUGAGAACGACCCAGGCACCACCAAUUUAGUCUACCUUUUCUGCGGUCUCAGAAUGCCUGAUUUGGUAAAUUCCAUCAUUGAGCCUGCAGGCAAGUCGUGGUUUCAUAAAUAUGUUCAUAAGUACUAUGUGCAAGAUCUUGAUAAAAUUGGAAGACAUAACUCGGUAGAAAUUUAA